CUUUCCCAGUAUGCUCUCUCUCAGAGACGGGAAUGGCGGAAUAUGGCAGCAUUCUCACCCCGGCGGCGCUCGGCCUGAACGCCGGACAUUCGCCCGGACCCAAAGUAGAAGCUUUCGCGGACGCGCUGCAGAGGGCGCGGCAGAUUGCUGCUAAAAUAGAUGCUGGUUCACAUCUGAACAAUUCUACUCCUGUGGUAGAUCCUGCAGUCUACGGCUAUGGGACUCAGAAACGGACACUCGAUGAUGGGGUAGUGAACCAGCUUGGGGGAAUGGUGCAUCAAAGGACUAUAAUGUCUGAAGAGUACAAAGUGCCUGAUAAAAUGGUUGGAUUUAUAAUUGGCAGAGGAGGAGAACAGAUAUCUCGGAUACAGAUGGAAUCUGGCUGCAAAAUUCAGAUUGCACCUGAUAGUGGAGGUCUCCCAGAACGGUCCUGCACGUUGACAGGUUCGCCAGAGAGCAUAGAAGAAGCAAAAAGACUCCUAGGGCAGAUUGUGGAUCGGUGUCGGAAUGGACCUGGCUUUCACAAUGAUAUUGAUAGUUCCAAUAGCGCUAUACAGGAAAUCCAAAUCCCGGCCAGCAAAGUUGGGCUUGUCAUUGGCAAAGGAGGGGAAACCAUUAAACAACUGCAGGAGAGAACUGGUGUAAAAAUGAUAAUGAUUCAGGAUGGACCACUCCCCACAGGUGCUGACAAACCACUGAGGAUUACAGGAGAUCCUUACAAAGUACAGCAAGCGAAAGAGAUGGUCAUGGAAAUAAUCAGAGAUAAAGAUCAAGGUGAUUUCAGGCGGAAUGAAUAUGGUUCCAGAAUUGGAGGAAAUAGUAUAGAUGUUGCUGUACCUAGGUUUGCUGUUGGUAUUGUAAUAGGAAGAAAUGGUGAAAUGAUAAAAAAGAUUCAAAAUGACGCUGGUGUUAGAAUUCAGUUUAAACCAGAUGAUGGUAUAAUGACAGACAGAAUUGCUCAGGUGAUGGGACCUCCAGAUAGGUGUCAACAUGCUUCUCAUAUGAUUAAUGAACUUAUUCAUACUGCGCAGGAAAGAGAUGGUCAGUCUGGAUUUGGCGGUCCUGGAAGAGGACGGGGUAGGGGUCGUAGUGACUGGAAUAUGGGACCUCCAGGUGGCAUGCAGGAGAUAACAUAUACAAUACCCGCUGAUAAAUGUGGCUUAGUUAUUGGAAGAGGGGGAGAGACGAUCAAAAGCAUCAACCAGCAAACAGGAGCACAUGUAGAACUACAGAGAAAUCCACCACCAAAUUCUGAUCCUAAUAUUCGAAUAUUCAUUAUCCGUGGAGCUCUACAACAGAUUGAGCAUGCUCGACAGUUAAUAGAAGAAAAAAUCAAUGGGGGUCCAGGACCUGGUGGCCCUGGAGGGUUUAACACAAGCCCUUAUAGUCAAGGACCACCUGGACACCAUCAAAAUGGCCCACCACAAGCUUUUAUGACACAGGGAUGGGGAAGUACGUACCAACCUUGGCAGCAACAAGGACAGCAGGAUCCAAGUAAAGCUGCACAGCAUUUGGGUACAGCAGCCUGGUCAGCUUACAUCUCCCAGUUUUACCAGCAGCCUAACCAACAACAGCAACCAACAAUGGGGCAAAACUCGCAACAAAAUUCAGAUCAGAAUGGUGGCCAAACUGGUCAGAUGGAUUAUUCCAAAGCCUGGGAGGAUUACUACAAAAUACUUGUGGCACAUUGUGUUCUGAAGCUCUACCUGAUAGCAGAAGAAGGGCUUAUGCCCGCAACGCCGAUUCUCCUGUUCCUUGGAUGCUGCCUGACCUGCUGCGCUUUUCCAGCAACACAUUUUCAGCUCUACCUGAUAGCAGUCCAGUUCACCUAAUCUCUCCCUUCAUCCGUUUUCUUGUGAUCUUAAAU